CGCACUCAUUCUCGUGCACACGUUAAACCGGUUUAGUGUCACUGUGUGGAACAUGUAAACAGUCCCGUCGGGAUUUGGACUCCUUUUUUACUGGAUUAGGAAUCACCCGUGUGCAUCCGUUUUGCUUUGCGGCUCCGCCCGGUGUGCGCUGCGGACCGACUGCCCACAUCUGAAGAGUUGUAUUGGAUUGACCGACAGCAGCGGGAGAGGACUGGUGUUACCCCACACAGGACAAAGAAAACGGGGGGAAAUUAAGGAAAAAAGAUAAGAGUGGAAGAAGACAGGAGUGAAAAUGGAUAACUGUCUCCUCACGGUCGUCUUUGGUCUUUUAAUGCUCGGUGGGUGUUUGGCCCGGGUGGUGACGGUGUCUCCUGGUCCAUUAAUCCGGGUGGAGGGUCAACCGGUCUCCAUCAGAUGUGAUGUCGUUGCUUACAGCGGACCUCGUGAGCAGGACUUCGAGUGGAUGAUGUCCAGGGAGGUGAACGGAGGGCGGAAAAAGAUCAUCUCCACCUUUGAUGCCAGCUACUCCGACCAGUCGCUCAGCAAGCGCGUGGCGUCCGGCGACAUCUCGGUGGUGCGUCUUCUGGACAACGAGGUGGAGCUGAAGGUAUCGGAGGUGAAGGCGCUGGACGCCGGCUUCUACUGGUGUCAAACGCCGAGCACCGACUCCGUCAUCAGCGGCAACUACGAGGCUCAGGUCAAACUCACAGUCAUCCCCAACACCCUCCAGGUCUCCCCCGUGACCCCGCCCCCAGUCGUCCCAGAAGGAAGUGACCUCACGCUCUCCUGCAACGUCACCCGGGAGCUCACCCUCCCCACCUACCUGUCCGUCACCUGGUCGGUGAAGAGGGGGGCAACAUCGGAGGAGAUUCUGACGUUUGGCCCUCAGGGAGACGUGUUCACGGGGCCGAAGUACGCCCGGCGCUUCGCCGACGGAGGCAUCCGAUUGGUUCCCGGGAAGAAUGGAUUGUUUGAGUUGGUGAUUUCCAAAAUGACGACGUCCGAUGAGGGGAUUUAUGAAUGCAACGGAACUGAAUGGACGCACGAAAAUGGAGGGAAAUGGAUAAAAAUCGUGGAGAGCACGAGAGAGAUGGGAACUGUUGCUGUCACUCCUACAGGUCAGUCCCUCAGCGUGAAGGCUUCAUCCUCCUCUCCCUCCUCCACGCCGCUGCUCCUCUCCCCGGGUGAGACGCUGACCCUCCUUUGCUCCGUCGCCGCCGACAAUCUGCCCGCCCUCGCCCUGGAAGUGACCUGGCUGGCCGACGGCCGUGACAUCAUCACCAUGGAGCGCAGCGGAGGUGGUGAUCUCAAACACGUCCUCCGGCAGGUGCGCAGGGAAAGCGAGGGGAGGCGAGCCUGGAGCGGACGGGAGCUGGAGAAUACAGGCUGGGAGUGAGGGGGGUGAGCGGGGAGGACGGCGGGGUGUUUGCCUUGCCGCAUCCGAGCCUUCAUCGAGAAAGGAGGAAGGAGCUCGGGAGGAGGAGGGAGGUGGCACAUGGCAGCCGAGAAAACAUCCAGCCCCGUGACGGUGAAGGUGGCGCAAAUCAAACCGAGCUUCACGGUGACCCUUGAACCCCUCCUGAACCCGCAGGUGACUGCUGAACCCACAGAGCUGGCAUGUCAUGUGACCAACAUUACCCAUUUACCCCUGGGAGGCCGACUUGGUGUCACCUGGGAGCACACCACACUUCCUGGUGUAGGGGGUGAGCCUCAGACCUCAAAUCCCAUUGGCUCCCUGGACGGCCAUGGCAACCUGUUGCCGGGAUCGAUGUAUUCUGAGCGUCUGAAGAGCGGCGCGAUGUCUCUGACCAGAGUCCAGCCCGACACAUUCAAACUGCGAUUCCUCCGCACACAGGAGAUCGACAUGGGUCAGUAUGUUUGCACGGUGUCCGCUUGGAGCGUCAACAGCCAGGGUGACAUGUUGAGUACCGUCGAGGCCCAGACCGCCCCGCUGGCUGUACGAUGGGACACCAAACGUCCCACUCUGAACGUCGUGGCCAAACGCCUGCGUGAGGCCUCAGUGGGCGGGGCUACCUUUGAGAUGAGCUGCGCUGUGGCCACUGAGAACCUCGGGGAAGCUGGUUACUCGGUGCUCGUCCAAUCGCAGGACACCCUGGAGGGCAGCGUGAGAACCAUCAUGACUCUCAGCCCUGACAACGUCCUGCAGCACGGAGGAGCCACAGACCCCAACAGGAGAGACAGUCUGGUUCUGACAAAGUCCGGUCCGGCAGAGUUUCGGUUUCGCCUGGCGGGCGUCCAGUUGUCCGACAGAGGGUUCUACUGGUGCGACAUCACCGCCUGGACCAAACAGCAGCCAGGACAAGCUUGGACCAGAGCCACCAGCGCAGAGUCCAACAAAGUCAAGAUCGACUUUCAAGAAAAUGGCCCGUCCUUCUCCGUCGCCAUCCAAUCAGACACCACCAGUGUUUAUCCGUGGGAAACGUCCAAGAUGGAGUGUUCGCUCAGCGUCUCUGGAUCCUCCCCGAAGACUGGCACACAGACAGAUGACCUGGCGUACGAGGUGCGUUGGUUUUUCACCAGGCUGCGCGGCGGAGAGACGACGACCCAGGUGGCCAGCGUCGACCGCUUCGGCGUUGUGAGGAAAGACGAUCGAAACUCAUCCAGUGACAUUUCAAUAGAACGCAAAGACGCACACAUCUACAUGCUGAACAUCCAUGGCACUCAGGACAGUGACAGUGGGGAGUAUCACUGCGUCGCCACUCCCUGGUACCUGUCGGCCUCGACAGGAGCCUGGACUCAAGCCGGAGAGCUGACGUCAUCUCGAAUCUUCUUGACAGUUAAAUUUGCUGUGUGGGACUCCCUAAAGUUACCUCUCUUAUAUGGAGUAGCAGCCUCAAUAGGUGUGGGCCUCUUCUCUCUGGUCCUGGGUCUGGUUUGCGCCCAUUGCUGCUGCCGCAACACCAUGCACACCCCUCGCUCACGCAACAAACUAAUGAACCUGGAGAUGGACUGACAAACAGUUUCCCCCGCACCCACACACUGCAGCGCUCACAGGAAACACCACACACACGACAGACACACUCCCAUAGACGAUUUCUGGGACACCCAGUUGUUUCCAAGCGACGGACGUUGGGAGUAAAAAUGACUUUGGAAACAGAAGCCUCGUCGAUCGCGGUGCUUUUAAGAGGUGUUUCUUCAGCUCUGCAGUGGAGGAGCAGGGGAACUUUUACAAGCACCAAUGGGACUUCUAUUUCUAUGAAGAUCCAUUGAAAUCUGUGGCGCUUCCAAUGAUUUUUACACAGAUAUAUUUACCAUAGUACUACAAGAAACUCUGAAGAAUCCAGAGGUUCAUUCUUUGAGGAACAGGACAUCACUGCCACUUGGGAAUAAAGGACCACUAAACAAAUCUGCUGCCUCUUUAACCAACUAGGGAUAACAAAUUAAGCGCUCAUGCUGGACUACUUUUUUUUUUUUCUUUCUUCGGAUGCCAUGGCUCCCUGCAAAGACCUGUAUGUGUUAGUGAUAGUAAUCCAGUCUCGUACCUUGUUUGUUUUGAGGAAGCACGUAAAAUUCAAGGGGCUGUUGGGGAUGGAGAGACCUCAGCAUAUCCUUGUUAAGUCACAAAGUUAUUUUAUAUUUGCAGAGACUGGCGGUUUAGGCAGCCUGAGCCUUAUUGCUGUCACGGCGUAAACGGCAUGUUCGUACAGGCAGCAGAAGUCCUAGAAAAGGGAAAUGCUCCGCGUGCUCUCCACACGAGAGGUAUUGCACUACAGCCGCCGCCCCAGAGUAUUCCUACCUAAACAAAAGGACAAGAUUUACUUUUAUUCUCAACUCUAGUUUUUUGGAAAUUAAGAGAUUUUAAAACGAGAGACAUUUUUAAGCUUUACGAGGAGAUAUGCAGUUAGUGUGUUUGUGUGUGAGAUAUACUGUAUGUGGUGCCAAUAGUUGAACUACCGGAGGUUUGCUCGCUUCAUAUUCGCCAGAUCAACACUUGAACAGCACUCUUCUUUUCUAGAUAUUCACAAAUGUAUCCUGCUGUUUUACCAGAGUCUCGUGUGUGUUAGUGCGAGUGCUGUGCUACAGUGUGAGACAAAGAGUCGCAUGUUCUGUUUUAUAAUGACAGACUGGUGUCAUACAUGAGCAACACAAGCCUUUUCCUGGGUUACAUUUUGAUGACAUCAAAGUAUCCGACAUCCAGAUUUCUUUUUCUUUUUUGAAGCUAGCAGUCACUAAUCAAGUGUUCACGCUGUGAGCAACAUGAAGCUCUGUUACUUCCAUGUUUUGAGCAGGAAAAUCAUGCAUGUUUCUCAGUGUCACUUUUGAUUUUUAAAGGAAUAGUUGAACAUUGUGGGGAAUUUGCUUUCUUUCCAACAUGAGAAGAUUUAUAUCAAUGUGACGUUCGUGCAUAAAGGUCAGGCUGGUUAGCUUAGCUUAGCAUAAAGACUGGAAGCAGGGGGAGAAAGCUAGCCCGUCUGUGUCCAAUGUGAAUAUAAACGCCCACCAGCACGACUACGGUUUCUCGCCCCUUCCAGUCUUUAUGCUAAGCUAAGCCAACCAUGUUAGCAAAUUAGCUUAUUUCCCAAAAUGUUGAACUAUUUUAAACAUCACAUGACUUGAAUGAGUUUAAAGGGAAGUUAACAUUUUCGUGCCUCAGCUCAAAAAAAGGUCAGACUGUUCCUUAAACAUCACUAGCUAGCUAGAAAGUAGCUUGAAAGUGGUUUAACACCAGAUAUGGCCCUUUUUCAAUAUUAUCUGAGAUGUUUUAUCUUUCAUUCAAAAGUUGUACUUUGCACUUAACAGCCAAAACUGAAACUCUAUAUGUAGAACAGAAGUAUUACCAGCUGACCAGCUGUUCCCGACAUGAAUCAGCCGACGUCUGUUGAGUCUCUGUGGUGUUUUUAUAGCAAAUGGAUGAAUUCUUGUAUCAUGUUGUCUGCUGUGUGAACGCACACUCACAGUUCCAGCGACAACACACACACACACAACGUGAGGAAGUUUCUGUCCAACACCCAGCAGGAUCCAAACGGCCCUGUUCGGUUUGUAAUAAGACGUGCCAGGCUGUGUCCCUUCCUCCACUGACUGGGCUUUGGUUCAUGUUUUUCAAUGGUUUUAAAAGGUAUUUUAAGCAACUAUCGGAACUUUUUGAGCAAUAUCAGGCUGUUGUCAGGUCACAGCUCUUGUACAGCUGUACUCUUCAUGACGUAUUUCACCCUCAGUCAAAGUUUAAGUUUAAAACAGGUGUGUCUUCUGAUUGGAUGUUAAAACAAUGUCUGUUGCCCACUCGGCUCUGAAAUUGGCCAGUGCAGAACUUUAACUAUUAUCCAAUCAGAACAGAACGCCAAAGUCCAUAAAUAUCUCGGACUGAUACUCAAAGAGUGUAUUUCAUAUUUGCAACAAUUAAAGCGACAGCGAUAUUUUAUUCAGUUAGGGUCAUAAGGGGUUAAGCUGAAAACCCAUUAUGAGAAAUAUUAAAUCUAUAUGUGUGUUUUGGCUUGAUUGAUGGUGACAGUUACUUCAGAAACUGCCAAUACGCCUCCAUAAACCCGACCCACAGGUGUGUGUGCCUCUCCGUUGCAGUAUUCAAACUGGGUUUUACCACUAUCAUUAACACACACACAUUCACACAGGUGAAUAAUAGGGCUCCGUGCCAAAUACUUUUAACAGUAAACACACACACACACACACACACACACACACACACACGUAGCAUUGAUACACACCACUGAACAUGUCACUGCAAGGUUUCCCCAGUUUCCUGAUUUUCUCAUUUUAUUGCAAUGAGUGUGAUGAAUCAUGUUUUUUUUUUUUUAAUAAAUAGAUUUGUAAGAUGUA